UCUUGAGCUCAUACAACUGAAUGCGCUCCUGGAAAACGUAUCUCCGCGGCGUAGACGCGGGCUAUAGAUGCAUACGCGUUUGAAUAUCUUACCAAAACUCUGUUUUGCCUGGUGAAACAAGGAAUUUGCUACACGCUCCUUUUACUCGUGAUUUGCACGUCAGUUGGCUGAAUUGAAGGGCAAAGGAAACCUGCGGCUAAAUAUCAGUUGAAACUCACGGGUUUCAGAGGAGAAAGUGCCCGCUUUAAUUUAGUGCUCUCUAUAUUCUAAGUGGGAAAUAGCGUCGGCUACGGAUUCUACGUGCCGUUUCUUAUUCUGAGGACAAUAUGCCUCAGACGCCGCCACUGACGGGCAUACUGGUGUCUGGUGGUUACAAUAAGAACCUCUACCAGAGCCAAAGCCCUGCCGAGGGCCAGGGUUAUGGCAGCGCCGGACUGUAUUACCACGACAACAUCCUGGUGUCUGGCUCGAUGGAGGCCCUCAUCCACCACCUUGUCCCCAGCCUGGACUACUACCCCGAUAGGACGUACAUCUUCACCUUCCUGCUCUCCUCUCGUCUGUUCAUCCACCCGUACGCGCUCCUGUCCAAGGUGUGUCACCUGUGUGUGGAGCAACAGAGACUCAGUGAUCCUCAGGCGGACAAGAUCAGGGUCAGACAGCUGGCACCCAAGGUCCUCCAGCUUCUCCAGGAGUGGACGGAGACUUUCCCCUACGACUUCAGAGACGAGAGGAUGAUGAGGAGCCUGAAGGAGCUGACCCAUCGCCUGACCUCGGGAGACGAGCUCUACAGAAAGGCUGUCCACCAGAUGACCCAGGUCCUAAUCAGAAAGCUGACCAACCUGAGUCAAUACGAAGAAGCCCUGGUCAAGAUCAAGGCUACGGCCACAGACAGACUGACUGUGCUGAAGGCUAAACCUCAGGCCAUCCAGAGAGACAUGCUGUCCAUCUGCAAUGACCCCUUCACCGUCGCCCAGCAACUCACACACAUAGAGCUGGAGAGAUUGAGCUACAUAGGACCAGAGGAAUUCAUCCAGGCCUUCGAGAAGAAAGACCCUCUGGACAACGAGAAGAGCUACUUUAGUGACCACAAGAAGGCCAGCAACCUGGAGGCCUAUGUGGAGUGGUUCAACAGACUCAGCUUCAUGGUUGCCACGGAGAUCUGCAUGCCAGUAAAGAAGAAGCAAAGAGCACGAGUCAUCGAGUUUUUCAUUGAUGUGGCGCGGGAAUGCUUUAACAUCGGCAACUUCAACUCCCUCAUGGCCAUAAUCUCUGGGAUGAACAUGAGUCCUGUUUCCCGGCUGAGGAAGACCUGGAGCAAAGUCAAGACGGCCAAGUUUGACAUCUUGGAGCACCAGAUGGAUCCUUCCAGUAACUUCUACAACUACCGAACAGCGCUGAGAGGAGCAACACAGAGGUCGCGAACAGCCAACAGCAACAGAGAGAAGAUUGUAAUCCCAUUCUUCAGCCUGCUCAUUAAAGACAUCUACUUCCUGAAUGAGGGGUGUUCCAACAAGAUGCAGAAUGGACAUGUUAACUUUGAGAAAUUUUGGGAGAUGGCAAAACAAGUCGGUGAGUUCAUGGUUUGGAAGAAGGUGGAGUGUCCAUUUGAAAAGGACCGUAAGAUCCUUCAGUAUCUGCUCACCGCGCCGGUCUUCAGCGAGGACGCUCUGUACCUGGCCUCCUACGAAAGCGAAGGCCCUGAGAACCACACUGAGAAGGACAGAUGGAAGUCUCUUAGAUCCACUCUGCUAAGUAGAGUCUAGAGAUGCUGAACCAACUCGUCUGACAACCAAGCUGCCCCAGUGGAUUUGUCCAAAUAACAGUAUCCCUGUUUGGAGGGGAAAUGACAAUCUGACCACUUUUAUUUGGCUGACCGGACCUUUUCUGUCCCUCAGCUAUGGAUUUCUAACUAGGAAGGAAGCCACACAGUUUUUGCUCUGUUUGGUGCUGUGUAUUUCCAAGACGGCUUUUGUACUCUUUGUAUGAAUUUCUUCUUUUGUAUUAUUAUUUCAAGACCAUCACAACGAGGUGAAAACUUUUGAAGCACAGUGUAUUCAAACUCAGUGAACCUGUUUGUUGAGACCUUGAAAUGUUUAGGAUGUAUUUACCUUUCUACAUUAACUAGGUGUUGGCUGCUGGUUGGCCAAUGGACUAAGUCCUAAUGUGAGUCUCUCUAUAUCUAUUUGUCUCUCUGACAACAUUUUGUUUAUUGAGAGUCAGUAUACUUUGUAAUGGUGUCAAACCCAACGUACAGUGUGGUGUAGUUUUUCUUGUCAAUAUGUACCUGAAGGGCCCGUAAAACUUCUUCGGCCAAGUACAUUGAAAAUGCACUGAGUGCAUUGGAUUAAAAACACGAUGUCAUUUUGUAUGCGUCCAUACGACGUUAGCGUUACCCUUUAUCGAUAAGACACUCAGCCACGGGCAACAAGCGACGGUUACAUAAAUAAGCUGUGUGGACAGAUUGUGUGUGUGUGUUCCAAAUCAAACCCUUUUCCAUAUAACGCCUAGUGCACUUCUCAUCAGAGCCCUGUAUAGAGAAUAGUGUGUCAGUUAGGAAGCUGACGGUGUCUCCCUUCGUUCCUGAUGAUUAGUGUUGAGGUGGGCUCUGCCACCAGCUGAGCCACUCUGAUGGAGUGUACAUAGCCACGGAGGACUGCACAGCAUGCUGGAAUCCUCUGGCGCGACUGUCGUAUCUACCUGCUACCUCCAAUAAACUUAGCGUGGUAGAGUAGAAAUGCAGUGAGGUUGCGCUGCCCUCUGGUGGUUCCGGUCAAUAUUUGCAGUGAAGGAGCAGCAUUUAGAGUGGACUAUUUUACGUGGUAGUGUAGUGUAGUAUAGUGAGUGUGUGUGAGCGAGCGAGAGCUGAGGAUUGUAUUUUUCUCCUCAACAGAUGCUGGAUCAAAGUUGUGUUCUGUUGUGUAUUUUUCAUGUAAUAAUUAAUUAUUUCUAUCAUUUGUUUUAUUUAUAUUAUGAUCCUGUCCGUGUAGUAAUUUCAUAUGGAUAUUUACUGUGGUUUUAUUGUAUUUGUUCUUAUUUAAUUUUGUACUAGGUACAUAACAUACUACAGUAGCUGUCAGAAAUGGCCUAACAAUUAUUUUUUUAUAAAGGUUUUAUGAAAACACUUAAUUUUUAGGGUACAAGGACUAUGAAGUUAUACCAUGGGCGUGUUCCGGUCCCACAACCUUGCAGGAGAUUGUUAGCUGAUAUGUAACUGGGCUUUAUUGGAUCUGGCAUUAUCAAUGCAGUUGGACUGUAAGGUGAUCUAUGACUGACGUCUGGCUUCCCUUGUCUUUGUGUUACUCCACUUUACACGAUAUUGUGGUUGAGUGUGUAAAUAAUUAUUAUUUUCCUACCUGUGUUUGCAUUUGGACUGUUGAGAUGGAAUAGAGGUUUAUCACUGCGUUAGUUGUGUUAAAAGAGAAAGUGACAAAGUUAAUAAAAUAAUGAUUACAG